CUCUGUGCGGCGGCUGAGAUAAUCGCUGAAGGUCAGCUCGUCAGUCAACUACUUUCAAGAUGUCAGGUCGUGGUAAGGGAGGAAAAGGUCUGGGGAAAGGAGGCGCUAAGCGUCAUCGCAAAGUUCUCCGCGAUAACAUCCAGGGCAUUACCAAACCUGCUAUCCGUCGCCUCGCUCGUCGUGGAGGAGUUAAGCGAAUUUCGGGCCUGAUCUACGAGGAGACACGUGGCGUGCUCAAGGUUUUCUUGGAGAACGUCAUCCGCGACGCUGUCACCUACACCGAGCAUGCUAAGAGGAAGACUGUCACCGCCAUGGACGUUGUGUACGCUCUGAAGAGACAAGGCCGUACCCUCUACGGCUUUGGCGGUUAAA